GACGGAUUCCAUGAAUCGUUCCAUUCGAGCCAUUGCUAUUUAUAGUAUCUACUAAGGUUCAUAAAUAAGCCAAAGGUUUUCAGUACUAUUGGCUAAGAAGGGGAGGCAAACAUUGAGCUGCCUGCUGCCACAUUUUGCAAUGGUUACAAUCGUUGGUACACGGGAACAGUUUGUUCAACCACAGACAUUCCUGCGUGCUACAAUGCAGCUCAAGUCCCCAACAAGGCCAAAACUUUCCUUCUGCUUUACGCCACAAGGGGAUUGCGAUCAAUACUGUGCUUUAAUCCCUGGCUUGCCAGAAGACCUGGCAAAGAUAUGUCUUGCCCUUGUUCCUCGAACUCAUUUCCCUGUCAUGGGUGGAGUUUCCAAGAGGUGGAUGUCAUUCCUAGAGAGCAAAGAAUUAAUUGCUGUAAGGAAAGAGGUUCAGAAGCUUGACGAGUGUGUGUAUGUCUUGACCGCUGAUGCUCAAGCAAAGGGUUCUCAUUGGGAGGUUUUGGGAUGUCAGGGGCAAAAGAACACCCCUCUUCCGCUUAUGCCUGGACCAACCAAAGCUGGGUUUGGUGUGGUUGUCCUUGACGGGAAGCUCAUCGUCAUUGCUGGCUAUGCUGCUGACCAUGGCAAGGAAUGUGUUUCUGAUGAGGUUUACCAGUAUGAUUGUUUCCUCAACAGGUGGACCGCCCUUUCUAAGAUGAAUGUCGCUCGUUGCGACUUCGCGUGUGCAGAGGUCAACGGUGUGAUAUAUGUUGCUGGUGGAUUUGGUCCCAGUGGUGAUAGUUUAUCAAGUGUCGAAGUUUAUGACCCAGAACAAAAUAAAUGGACGUUGAUCGGGGGCCUUCGCAGGCCGAGAUGGGGUUGCUUUGGGUGUAGCUUUGAAGGCAAGAUGUACGUCAUGGGUGGCCGUUCGAGCUUCACAAUUGGUAACUCCCGUUACAUUGACGUGUAUGAUACAAAUAGCCAUGCCUGGGGUGAGUUUAGGAAUGGCUGUGUAAUGGUCACGGCUCAUGCUGUUCUUGGUGAGAAGCUCUUCUGCAUCGAGUGGAAGAACCAGAGGUCUCUGGCGAUUUUCGACCCAGCAGACAAUUCCUGGAAGAAGGUUCCAGUGCCGCUUACUGGUAGUUCCAGCACGCGGUUCUCUCUCGGGACACAUGAUGGGAAGCUGCUGCUCCUCUCACUGGAGGAAGAACCUGGGUAUCAGACGCUGAUGUAUGAUCCUGCCGCGCCAACAGGCUCUGAAUGGUGCACGUCAAAGCUCAGGCCGUCGGGACGAUGCUUAUGCAGCGUGACCAUCAAAGCCUGAUGCUCUAGCUCGGGGGUUGCUGAAGGAUGAUACCUAAGUUUAUUCCUGCCUCAUCUUCCACAUUUAAGACCAGGCUUUGUUUGGUUUAUCGUUUGCUCCUACUUGCUGGGGUUUAUAUCCGCUUGUUGCUCCACCCAAUAAUAGAAUGUUCAUGCUUCAGUUCAUUCGGUUGCUUGCUGACAGCGGGCCUUGCCACAAUGUACUCUGUUCUCAGUUGUAUUGAAAUACUAUCUGAUUAUAAUUUUUUAGACUUUGAAAUAGUAGGAGGGGCUCCUACUAUGCUAUAUUAAAUUUUAAUAGAAUGAGUGUGGGAUAUGUAUCCUCACAUUGGUUCA